AUGCCCUCUUCAUAUGUGGCUCUCAGGUCACCAUUGAACGGCGAUUAUACCACUUCUUCAACUCUCUCUUCGCGAAAUUCACGCGACUCAGAGGAUUCUCUAAGGAACCUCGAGAUUUCAGAAGGUCCCCUUGCCGCACCGCCGUCAUAUGGACGGUACGUAGGACGGUCAUAUUCUGUCAACGACUUCGAUUUCCAGCAAGACCUCUUACCUCUGAGUGCGAGUUUGACGGAUCCCGAACUCGUAGCCAGCGAAUCCGGCGACAAGAACAUAGGAUUAUUCAAUGGCAUUGCUCUUGUCGUUGGGCUUCAGAUAGGGUCGGGGAUAUUCUCAUCACCGGGUGUCGUGGUCGCCAAUACCCACACUGUUGGUGCAAGUCUGGCUGUUUGGCUCACAUCUGGUCUAUUAGCAUGGACUGGAGCAAGUAGUUUUGCGGAACUGGGAUCUGCGAUACCGCAAGACGGUGGCGCGCAAGCCUAUCUGUCGUACGCUUAUGGACCCCUCAUCUCGUAUCUCUUUGCAUGGACUGCCAUCAUUGGACUUAAACCUGGUGGUAACGCGGUGAUCAGUCUUAUUUUCUCGGAGUACAUUAAUCGGAUAUUUUGGCAUACUACUCGUUCUGAGGUAUCGCCGGAUGAUAUUCCUGAAUGGGCUAUCAAACUUACUGCAAUAGGCGCAAUAUUGGCUGUAACUCUGUUAUGCAUUUGGACGCGUAAAUUAGGUGCUCGUGUCGCGGUCGUCUUCACCACUGUAAAAGUAGCUGCUCUAAUUUCGAUCACGCUAUUAGGCAUAAUUCAGCUCGCUCGCGGAAAAGCGGCGGAGUCUUUCACGAAGCCUUGGUUUGAAGGAUCCAGCAACAGUCCGUCUGCUUAUUCGUUGGCGCUCUACUCCGGUCUGUGGGCUUUUGACGGCUGGGAUCAGGCAAACUAUGUUGGAGGGGAGAUGCAUAACCCAGGAAAGAAUAUUCCCCGAACUAUACAUUCUAGCAUGGCCAUCGUCACGGUAUUAUUUCUGCUGGCCAAUAUUUCCUACUUUGUGGUUCUAGAUAAGAAUCUUGUUGGUCUGAGCAAUACAGUUGCCAUGGACUUUGGACGGGCACUAUUUGGACCUAUAGGAGGGACAGUUUUUGCCUUUAUGGUGGCGUUCUCAUGUUUUGGUGCUUUAAAUGGAUCAUUCUUCACAUGCUCACGUCUCAUUUACGCCGCCGGUAGAGAACGGUAUCUUCCCUCUCUUUUUGGGCGGCUGCACAAGACCAGGAAGACGCCGUUGAAUGCGACACUACUGCAAACGGCUAUUACUAUCGCUUUCAUCCUUGUGGGUGGCGGGUUUCGCUCGCUUAUUAACUUCUCUGUCGUUGCGUCAUGGGGAUUCUAUUUUCUCACUGUUCUUGGACUAGUUAUUCUACGAGUGAAGGAACCUACGCUAGAAAGACCUUACAAAACGUGGAUAAUAACACCGUUGAUAUUUUGUGCGGUAGCAUUGUUUCUCAUUUGCAUGCCAGUUAUUGCUGCGCCGCUACCCGCAAUUGCAGUUCUGGGCUUUGUGGUUGCCGGCAUUCCCGUGUACUACAUCACACACGGAAAGGAUAGAGAUAUACCGCGGGUAUUUGCUUGGAUUUGUGCUUGUGUUGACCGGUUACGAGGAGGACCACGCGCAAGCGAUGGCUGGCAGGCGGUAGCAACCGAAGGAGAGGAGCAGAUGGAGAUGGUUGAAGAGCGAGGUUCUGAUCGAUGACCCUUGAUUGUAUAAUAUAGAGGAUGAAUAACGGGUGUUUGUGGUGAGAAGGGCGUCCGUAUGUCGUAUCACAUUCCCAGGGGUAUGCUGUGAUUCCCUCGCAGUUUACCCGUUCCCGACAAUGUCCCUGAGACGCCGCGUC